UCAAGAGGGCAAAGUGAACGGCAUGGGACUCACACCAACUUUAACGAAAUUGAGUCUGGUACCUACUUCUGCGAAGUUCACGGCCAAGAAUUUCACAUGCAGAUGAUAUACAAACAAGGAAAAUGGAAAGAGGCUUUCUAGGUGUAUCCUGAGUGCUGAAUUGGUUGAUUUUGCAAACUCAGAGCCAAACUCACAACAAAACAUGACAACCCUUUCGAGGUUUAGUGGCUGCCCUCUCUCUUGCGUCAACCCCGGGGAGAGCAAUACUGAACCCAGCGUGAUGCUGCCACCUUUGGCAGGAGAGCACAUGGGACUCCCCACUGGCAGUUCCUUAAAACUCUGCCCCUCGCACAAUUUGCGAGACUACCCCGAGACGAGGUCCAGUGCAUAUGUUGACCAUUCGGUUCCCAAUUUUUCAGACUCUGGAUACCCCAGCCACCGGUUAGAGCACAGCCCCAGGGGCAUUAUCAUUGGAGCCAAUCUUUCUGGAGCCGGCAUGCCACCCGUCACUGAUCAACUGGCAUCGAGACCUAACCAACAUGGCGGGAUUGGAAGGUAUCGUGACUUUCCAGGCUACAGGGACAACAGAAGCCAUGCUUUUUUCUCAAGUUAUCAGGAGCAGGCCCACGCGUCCACCGAUGCAUCUCGAGAUUUCGGCGGGCAGAUGAUGCUGGGUCUACCUGGAGACCUCCUCAGCCGGACUCACCCUUAUGGCCAAACUCUCAACCCCAAGGGAAACAGCCAGCAACUUGUAUCUCAGUUCCUGGGGCUGUACAAACCCCUCAACAUGGCAAUUCAGCGGGGAGGAGGAGACGCUUUCUUCAGGUGCUCUAAACAAACAAUAAAGCAUGAGCUGGUGUGCAAGUGGAGUGACGGCCAAGAGGGGACUGGGAAGAUGUCUUGCUCCAGAGCCUUCGGGACCAUGUAUGAACUUGUCACCCAUGUGACAGUGGAGCAUGUCGGAGGACCAGAUCACUCUGAAUAUGUGUGCCACUGGGAGAAUUGUGCGAGGGACAGGAAGCCUUUCAAAGCCAAAUACAAGCUGGUGAACCACGUAAGAGUUCACACAGGGGAAAAGCCCUUUCCCUGCCCCUUUCACGGCUGUGAGAAAGUUUUUGCGAGAUCAGAAAAUCUAAAGAUUCACAAGAGGACUCACACAGGUGAAAAACCUUUUAAAUGUGAAUUCGAGGGAUGCAACCGGAGGUUUGCAAACAGCAGCGACAGAAAGAAGCAUUCUCACGUGCACUCCAGUGACAAACCCUACAUGUGCAAGGUCAGGGGCUGUGACAAGUGUUACACCCACCCGAGCUCCCUGCGAAAGCACAUGAAGCUCCACUGCAACAAGACCCAACUCUCCAAAAGCGAGGACGCGCGUCACGGUGACGGGGGUCACAUCGCGGAAAUCAGCUCAACCCGAGUCUCGGAUGGAGCCCAUAUCAGCCCUCCUAUGCCCCCAACCUCAACUCAAGAUGUCCCCCUGUCCCCAGAGAGUCGAGACGAGUCGACCCAGAGGUCACGUUUCCAUCACACGUUUGACAGCAGUUUGGACUACUCCACACACAGGUCACAGCCCCUCUUGGACCCUUUGUUGUUACAAAGAAGCAACUACAGGUCCCAGUCCUCCCAGUAUCCCUGCGGCCAGACAGGUCACACUUUCCCCCAGAGCUCAAGGACUUUCCACUCGGGUUCUCCCUUUCAGAAAAGUAUUGUCAAUGGAUGGUACACAUGCCACAGCGGUGUGGACUCUUUCCCACCAAAGCAAUGUAACAACAUCCCAUCGUCUCUCUGAGUUCUUGUUGGGAAGCAUACAGGCGACUUACACUUUAUCGGGCCUAUUUUUUCCAGGUUAUAGCCUAAACAACCUACAGCUGUAUCUCUAUACUCUAUACUGUAUUUUCGUGAAUGUUGUAUCCAAUAUUUUUGUGACACGUCAAAUCAUCCUAUAUGGGAAAAUGUAGCUUUAUUUGUUAUGGGGUUGGGUUUGGCUUGCAGCCUAAACCCGCAUCCCCCGCAGUGGGUUAUAGGAACUUUUACAGAGUGUAUUUGCCUAAUUGUUCGCUGUGUUGCGUAAUUAUUAAAGAAAUCUAUCUUAAUCGACAUUAAAAAAUGACAAAGGAUUUUAUGGAAAUCUGCGUGUUGAGUCUUCUGAACACAUAGGCUAUUAUUAGAAAGUAAAAGGACACGUCCUGCUGAAUGUAGCCCUAUGUGUAGGGGUCGUUGUUGAAUGUAAAGUAGAUGUAAUGUAUGUGGGUAUGAUAGAAACAUUAUUCAUGUCUUUAUGUAUGGCGCAAGAUGAAAUAAAUAUGAGAAAUAUCUUUUCUCAAGUUAAGUUUUGAGACCGACCAGCCUGCGCUAUGAGCCUACAGCAUGUCUGUAAUUAAAAUACUGCGAGGCUCAGUAUGUUUCUUCCCUCCCCUUGAUUAAGUUUCACUUUUCGCCCUUUUUCCAACAUAUUCGUAUUCUUGUUUGUAUUAUAUGUAUAUUUCACAUUUCUGUGCAAAGUAAGACCAGUGUUCGUUAUAC